AUGGCCUUCCUCAUGCGCCGACCGUUCGCCGUGACGGCUGCGCUCAAGCAGACACCCAUCACAUCCACCGCCUUCCGCGCCUUCCACCAAGGUCCCAUCAAGAAGGCGCCCACACCAUCCACCUUCAGCACCAAGUUUGCCUCAUCGCGAGCAACCUUCCGCUCCGCUUUCCAAACCUCGUUCCGUCGCGGAUACCAACAACCUGCCGCCUUCCCUAACCCUACCGCCUCUGGAAACCUCACACAGCGUCUUCUCUAUGGCGGUGCCAUCUUCGGUGGAACUCUUCUUGCUAUCAACCUCGUCUUCAACCGUGAAACCAGAGAAGAUGGCGGUAUGCCUCCGUUUGAACGUUCCUACCUGAACGACACUUUCCUCCACACUGGUCUCGGUAUCGGAAUCAUCGGUAUUGCUGCUCGCGCCCUCCACGCAAACGGAUGGAGUUAUCGUCUUAUGGCUGCCAACCCCUGGUUGAUCCUCGGUAUUGGUCUUGUCGGUUCCAUCGGCACCAUGAUGGGUACUCGCAUGUGUCCUCCUGAGAAUUACGUCGCCAAGUACGCCCUCUGGACCGCCUUCAACCUGACCCAAGCCGCCCUUCUGUCUCCUCUCAUGUUUUACAACCCCGCCAUCCUUGCGCGUGCCGGUCUCUAUACUGUCGGUCUGAUGGGUAGCAUUGCCUUUGUUGGUGCCACCGCCAAGACUGACAAGUACCUUUAUAUCGGUGGCCCUCUCCUCGCUGGUGUCGCUGUUGUCGCUCUCUCCGGUCUCGCUCCUCUGGUCCUUCCUGCAACCGCCACCCGCGCUCUCAUGUUCACCGAGAACCUCUGGCUCUACGGUGGUCUCGUCGUCUUUGGUGGCUUCACCCUCUACGACGUCCAGAAGGUCCUGCACCACGCCCGUCUCAGUGAGCGCGGUCUGAUCAAGCGUGAUCCCGUUAACGAGGCCAUCAGCCUUGAGCUUGACUUCAUCAACAUUUUCGUCCGUAUGGUCCAGAUCCUUGCCAUGCAGCAGAACAGAAGAAAGUAG